AUGCUGCAGCGCCAGACGGCUCCCAAAAUGGUGACCAGGCGGGAAAACGAGGUGAACAGACCAGACUCCCAAGCAGGCACAACUGCACCUGGAGACACACUCAUCUCCACAACACCCCUAGAGGCAAUGGCAGACCAAGACCAACAGGAUAUCGCUCCUAAGGGAGCUCAGACAGAUGUCGGUGGCAAACUUGGACGUAGUCCGUACCGAGGUGCAGUCGGUGAGUGCACGCACGCAGGCUACAGAGGCCGAGGUUCAAGAUCUCAAGCGAGAGGUGCAAAAGGGGAAAGACCAGAUGCAAAGCCUACUACACUCACACACCUCCCUGAUACAGAGAGUAGAUCUCGCAACAGAAGACUGCAAGAGAUGUGCCAAUAUUAA